UCGCUGCAAGCAUUUGCUCGACUUAACGUUGAGUGUUGCUGAAUUCCUUUUAAAAAUUUCCACAUGGCCGAAUUCCGCGUUGCAGCCCGGUCUACGAGUGGUAUCUCAAGAGCGAUCAAGAAUGCUAUCGAAACAUUUGAGCUGCACUUUCAGGAUGGUGGCACAAAGGACACAUAUCAUCGAAACGCCCAACGUUUUGUCCUUUGGGCUUCUGAUUAUGGGAGUUCAGGAGGGGUUCUCGACAAUCUUUUCGAACAUGAGCCCGAGCUCAGCCACGCAAUAGCAUCAUUGCUUAUCAGCCUUGGCCAGUUCGUCCUGAACAUAUAUGUUUUUAGUUAUCACAUCUAGAAUUGAACGCAUAGAUGUGGCCGCUGCACCAUCCAAUGAUCCAAACUUUCCCCUGCUUCCAGACCAAAACCUCAAUUAUUUCCAAGAUCGGAGUGUUCAGAAAGUACUACAGUACAAGAGAGAUCGUGCCAGGGUCAUGAUCCUUGAGGACUUGAGAUGCAAUCUCCUCGAAGUUUUGCGGGCCUGGCCCGACUGCACAGAUUUGGCGUAUGAUAAGGAACUACUAACACAAAUCGUUGAUCUCGGACCUUCAACAAUUCAACAGCAGUGCUUCGAGAAAAAGGUACCGGUUCUCGUCGAUGAAAGAGAAACGGAAGAGGACCUUAUCGGGUUUGAAUUCACAGUCGACUAUUUAUACGAUCUCGUACCAUCACUUCAACAUCUUCGAGCUCCGGAAAAGCCGAGCAGAACACCAAGAAUUGGCAUCCCUAAAAGAACAGAAAUAAACGAUGUCUUCGAAAAAUUUCCCGAUGUUCCAAGCGAACUCAUUUUUCUUUUAUUUCAAAAACAGCAAGCACGAAUCAUCAAGUUUGCCGCGAGAUGGUACAUAUUAACUGAAAGCGACGAACAAGGCUUUCAAUGUCAAAAAGAGCUUGCAAGCGAUGUUGAUGACGAAGAGCUUAACUUUCCGGAAGAAUUCCCCGCGAAUCCGGAUACAAAACGUGAUGGAAGCAGGGUUGUUUGCAACAUAUGUCAAAAGGACAUCAAAGUUUCAAACGACCAAGAGUGGAAACUCCACGUAAUCAGAGAUAUCCGGCCUUACGUCUGUCACAAGUCUGCAGAGAGAAUCCUCCAACUUUCUCUUCCUUCACGGAGUUUCGAAACCAUGCUACAAACCAUUGCAUGGUCAAGACAUGGCCGUGCAAACUCGGCUGUGACCUGACAUUCGACACAGCCGCACUGGCUAAGAAGCAUUUCCGCGAUGUUCACGACAUUGUCAAAGACUCGAGCUGUGCAAACCUAGCCGAACUAUGGCAAGAAAAUAUGCCCCCGGAAACCAACUCUAGUAGUUGCCCA